CAUAUAUGAUGUUUCUGUUAUUAUGUUGAUAGAUCUAUAAUGGUUGAGUUUACUCCUGCUCAUCUGAUUAAAGUGAUCAGUAAGGUUAAACUACUCUCCACCAGUCUUCUAGCACUAUCCCUGUCCCUCUUCAUAGUGGAGCUCUACUCUAUUACACAACCAAUCGGAUACUUGUACACCUUUAACACGGUGACUGGAAUUGGUAUAGGAGUGAGUGUGAUUCAAGCUCUUCUUAGUGUAACCAUCAUCUUCAUGGCGUUUCAGUUCAAGACAUACGAUACAAAGGCUAGAGAGUUCUACUCCUCUUCGAGCAAUAGACUGUUUAUAUCCUGUAUCCUGGGUUGCUUCAUGGUCUUCAUGAACAUAGUAUUCUCAACUGGAAACUAUCUCACAGAAAAUUAUAGCCCAAGAAUAGAAACAAUCAAUAGUUAUAGUUACUCACCAGAAACCGAUAAGAAAACCAUUGGAGGAGCAAGAGCAGCCAUUCUUUGUCUGGAGAUUGCUCUAGGUUCCAGUCUCUCUACACUUUGCUUCCAUUACAAGAAUAUUACACAGGCUGCAGGAUUGGAGAUGGAUGAAGAAACCCAACCUGAACUAGCUCUCAAACCGAUCAUCAAGAUUGGAGCUAAGCUGCCCCCUGGUAUCUCUGGUAUCCCUCCUCCACCCCCUCCACCAGCCCGUCCUGCUAAACUCUUGGAGACUGGGGAGGAGGGAGACAGUAACAGGAAGAAACCUUCUGCACCUACCAGGUCAAAUAUUUUAAUGUUCAUAAUGAAAACGUUCAUCAUGAAAAUAGGUGGGGUAAUUAAGAUGUCCCCUCAAACUCUAAAUCUUCUAAUUCCAAAUUAAGCU